UCAACAUUCGCCAGGAAAGCAUGGCGAUAUCGAUGUCAAGUUGAGCAGGAUGAUAACAGAUUUUCAGGGGUUUUUUUGAACAUGUAAAAUGACGUAAGAUUCCCGAAGUGCUAUUAUCUUUAUCCUCGUUUAUUCUCCUUUUCAUUCUUGUCAGCUGACUGUUGCUGCUGACAAGCCGAUUAAACCACAAAAUGCACUCUGUGAAGGUCGGCUGUUUUGCUUCGGCUGUAUCACGAGCUCUCUGCUGUCGUGAUUUUAUUAAAGUGUCCGCGUGCUGUCGUGUGCAUCGUUUUGUUAGUCAGAAAGCCGCCACGCCAGAGGAGACAGUUAUUCGUGUUCCGCGCUACAUGCAGAGGCGCGUUGAACACGUGAAACAGACCCGGGGCCAAACAAAAAUCAACACCAUCAAAGCUGGCAAGCUCUUGAUCCAGAGCAAAAACUCUGAUCUGAACCAAUCUGCGGGAUACACCCUUGGUAAGUUCGAGCCUCUUACUCUCUGCUCUAAAGGAUGGAAGCACAACAAAUCUUUCGGGGACCACUUUACCAUCAACAACAUCAAGACUGUAGCACCCUUUGUUGCUGAAAAUCAGAAUGAAGACGUCCAGCAGAACGCACCCGUGACUUUUAACAACCUCCGCAUCUGCAAGGCACUGGUGGAAGGUUUGGAACGCAUCAACAUUACCCAUCCCACCACUGUACAGCUGCAGACCAUCCCAAAGGUCAUGAAAGGUCACAACGUCCUCUGUGCUGCGGAGACGGGCAGUGGAAAAACCCUGAGUUACCUUCUGCCUAUCGUUCAGAGACUGCAGGUUGAAUCGGAGGUGGAUGCUGAGAGCGCACGCGGGAUCGGCGCUGUGGUUCUCGUGCCUUCCCGAGAGCUCUCCGAGCAAGUGGCCGCCGUGUCCAGGAAGCUGUGCGCCCCGUUAGGCUUGACGACGAGCACUGUGGGCGGAGGGCGGGGUGUAGGACACAUCAAGAGCAUCUUUAAGAGGGAUCCUCCAGAUAUUCUCGUGGCCACACCGGGGGCCCUGAUCAAGGCCCUGCGGAGACGCUGCGUGGACUUGAGCGAGCUCAGCUUCUUUGUGGUAGAUGAGGCCGACACCAUGUUUGACCCCAGCUUUUCUGACAUGCUGGAGAAUAUCCUGCUCAGCGCGAACAUUGCUAGGGAUCCCAAAGAAACACGAGGUCCUGGCCACAAGGCCCAGCUGCUGGUGGUGGGCGCCACCUUCCCCGGGGGUGUCGGCGAAGUGCUCAGCAAGGUGACGGACCUCGGCAGCGUGGUGGUUAUCAAGAGCAAGAUGCUGCACUUCCUCAUGCCGCAUGUCAAACAGACGUUCAUGAAGGUAAAGGGCACAGACAAGAUCCUGGAGCUCCACCAAGCCCUGAAGAUGCUCCAACAGAAAGAAGGUGGUGGUGGUGGUGCUGCACUGGUUUUCUGUAACAAGUCUGCCACCGUCAACUGGCUGGGGUACUCGCUGGAAGAGAUGGGGAUGCGGCACGCGCGACUGCAGGGGGAGAUGCCGGCCGCGCUGCGUGCAGGAAUCUUCCGAACGUUUCAGAAGGCCGGACAGACGGAUGUGUUGAUUUGCACGGACAUUGCUUCCCGUGGGCUGGACACGUCCAGAGUGCGCUUGGUCGUCAACUACGACGCCCCAGAAUCCCACACAGACUACAUCCACAGAGCAGGGAGAGUGGGGAGGGCGGGAGGGCGAGAGGAUGGGGAGGUUCUCACUUUUGUCACUCACCCGUGGGAUGUGGAGUUGGUGCAGAAGAUUGAGAUAGCUGCACGUAGGAGAACUAGUUUGCCAGGGAUGCAAUCUGAUAUACGUGAGCCUAAACCCAAAGGAGAAGCAGAUGUAGAGGAGUAGGAGGUCCUUGUGUUUUCUUUUUUCUAUGUUUGCAAAUAGUGGUGACAUGUUGCUGUGUUUGCUAGGUUGUGUUGGGAUACGAUGAGAAACUGUAAAUGUGUAAAAUCAGAAACAAUGAGCUGAAUUUAUUAAAAACAGUGGGCUGUUUUCUUUUGUCCAUCUCAACUUAUAAAUAUUAAUAUACAGUCAUUCAAAUAUUUCAGGAAUAAUUUGUCUGAUUUGUCUUCCCUACAACUUUGUAAAAAAAUAAGUUCAAUAAAUAUUUUGAUUUUGUAA